AAUGUCACAGGACAACAUCCUGGGCAAAGUCAAAACUCUUCAGUCGACUAAGCAGUAUGUUCCUGGCUGCUCGAGCUGUACUUCACUGGCUGAACUCGGGCUUUUGAUGUGUGCUCCCUCCCUGGGGUGCCAGGGGAGCCAGGCUCAGGCUGAGAUACCAGCAGAUCAAAUACGAGUCCUUGUCUCUCUGUGCUCCUGACUUGGCAUGCUGGGCGACAGUUGGGUAAGAACAUCAAGUUUGGGCAGCCACCACCCAAUGCCAUUCCCAUGAAGAAGGCAGACAGUGGCGAGGCUCGCUUGGAAGAGGAUCCGUUCCUGACCAGUCCCAUGGAAAUUGUGACUCAGCAGGACAUCAUCCUCUCAGACACCGAGAACAAAUCCAGUGAGACGCCAAGUUCUCCGGGUCCUCUGAAUCUGCCUGGAGCCGGAAGUGAGAUGGAAGAGAAGGCUGCUCCAGUUAAAACGUCUCGGCCAAAAAGGCACUUCUCCUCUGCCGGCACCAUCGAAAGUGUCAAUCUAGAUGCCAUCCCCCUGGCCAUCGCCCGCCUGGACAACAGUGCCGCCAAGCACAAACUGUCCAUUAAGCCAAAAAACCAGAGGGUGUCAAGGAAGCACAGGCGACUUGUCGGGGAUCGACAGAACGAGCAAGGUGGCUUCCCGCAUCAGCUGUCCCUAGACCAGAAUGGGCACCCUGGAGAAGACAAGCCAAUCUGGCAUGAAGAGGAGCCAGAGGCGCUGGACUCGGAGGAAGAGAAGCGACGCCAAGAAGAAUACUGGCAAGAACUUGAGGCCAAGUGCAAACGGCAAAAGGCCGAAGCGGCAGAGAGGCGACGCCUGGAAGAGCAGAGGCUCCAGGCCCUGGAGAGGAGGCUUUGGGAGGAGAAAAGAAGGCAGGAGGAGCUCUUGGAGGAGGAAGGGGAGGAAGAGGAGGAAGGAGUCCAGCUAGAGGCAGCAAAGAGGCAGCGUGAAGAGAAGGCGCAGAGUCCGGAAGAGCCAGGCUGCCGAGGCCCAGCGCGGAGGGAGCAAGACGAAGAAGGGCGCCUGGAAGCCGAGGAGCCGGGGCGCCUGGAAGCCGAGGAGCCGGGGCGCCUGCAGGAAGAGGCGCGGCGCCUGGAGAGACGCGCGCAGCAGGAGGAGCUGGAGGCGCGGAGCCGGCAGGAGGCCGAGAAGCUGCGGCGGGAAGAGGAGGAGAGAGCAUUGGAGGAACUCAGAAGGCUGGAGGAGCAGGGGCGGCGGGCGGCCGAAAAGCAGCAGCGGGAAGAGGAGGAGAGGCGGCAGGAGCUGGAGGCGCGGAGGCGGCGGGAGGAGGAGGCGGAGGAGGCGGCGGAGGCGGAGGAAAAACGGAUGCAGGAGCUCAGAAGGCAGGAAGAGUUGGAGGCGCAGAGACGGCAGGAGGACGCGGAGGCGAAGAGGAGGCAGGAAGCGGAAAAGAAGCUUCAGGAAGCAGCGAGAGCGGAAGAGGAGAAUCAGCCGCUGCUGGACCACAAACGGGGCCUGAGGAGCCCACUUCAGAGCGACACUGCAGAGAAAGCAGAACAAGAACAUCCGACACCCGAGAAGCCAAGAGAAAACUCUGAGGAGCCGAGUGUUCGGGUGAAGCAGAGCCAAGAGGCCACCGAGCCAUCAGGCGAGCAGGCCGGAAAGCAGGGGGAUGUUCCCGGGGAUCAACCUUGUGGAUGGCGGGAAAAGAGGGAAGAAACCAACGCAGAGCUGCCCCAGAAACAAGAGGCCCAGGUGGAAGAGGCGUUGGCUCCAGGAGAGAAGAAAGAAGCUGCCGCUCCAGAAACAGACAGAAAAGUGGAGGAGCUCAGAUGGCAGGAGGUAGAUGAGAGGCAGACCAUGCCCAGACCCUACACUUUCCAGGUGUCAUCCGGAGGGAAACAAAUUCUCUUCCCCAAAGUCAAUCUGAGCCCCGUGAAGCCCAUGAAAGAUGAGGGGCUCGCCUCUGGUCCCCAAGAGCCAAAGGCCCCCAAAGCCAGCCCGGCCUCCCACGCCCUGCCCUCGUCCCUGAGCAUCCCACACACGGCCAUUCUGGUCACGGGAGCCCAGCUCUGCGGCCCGGCCGUCAACCUGAGCCAGAUCAAGGACACGGCGUGCAAGUCUCUCCUGGGCUUGUCAGAAGAAAAGAAGCACGUGGAUGUCCCCGCCCUGGAGAACCCACCCCGAGCCCCAGGCGACCCCCGGGCAGGCAGUGGGAAGACCAGGCCCUCCCAGGAGUCUCCAAGCAGCGCGGCCGCGCUCGCUGAAUGGGCUUCCAUUCGGUCCAGAAUCCUGAGGAACGCAGAGAGUGACCAGCGCGGCGAGAGAGACCAGUCUCGGCCGGGUGAUGAACACACGCCCAGGGGCCGAUGUGAUUCCCGCGGGAACCUCCGGAGGACCCCGCCGGUAAAUGCAAAGUUCUCCAUUAAGCCCGCCUGGCAGAAAUUCUCUGAUGGGGGCGGGGAGACCUCCAAACAGAACACGGAACUGGAAAGCGUUAGAAAAAGAUCCCAGCCGGGUCCCAGCGAAGAGGCCCGGCCCCAGCUCCCUGCUGCUGAUACUAAAGAGCCCGUGAAGGGUGCAGAGAAACCAGGGGCGCACCAGGAGCCAACGGACACCACGGAGGGGUGCAAAUUUGCCAAAGACCUUCCAUCUUUCCUUGUUCCAAGCCUUCCUUACCCUCCACAGAAAGCAGUGGCCCAAGCAGAACCCGUGGUCACUUCGGACAGCGAGACCACAGGUGGAGCAGCAAAGCCGGAGCCCGUGAUGCCAGGUGGAGAGGAUAAAGCUUCCCCUUUUGGAAUAAAAUUGAGAAGGACCAACUACUCCUUGCGCUUCCACUGCGACCAACAAACAGAACAAAAGAAGAAGAAAAGGCACAGCAGCACAGGGGACAGUAUCAAUGGGGCACCGUCAGCUCCGGGGAGCACAGCUGGAGAGAGAGAGACAGAGGCUGCGGCCCUCAAGCAUGGCCCGUCCCUCCCCACCGAGAGGAAGCAAGCCCCGGCCCCCUGGAAGGACCCUGCUGAAAGCCCUCCCAGCCACUCUCCUCUUGCAGCCCAGCCUGGGCCCCCAGCAGCCAGCAGCCAGCCCCCGGCUCCAGAGCAGGACAGGGCAGCAAACAGAACGCCCUUGGCCCAGAAGCCAGCCCUGGCUCCCAAGCCCGCGGGCCAGACUCCGCCGUCCUCCCCGAUCUCCAAGCUGAGCAGGCCUUACUUGGUGGAGCUGUUGGCUCGCCGGGCGGGGAAGCCUGACCCGGAGCCCGGCGAGCCGUGCAAGGAGGGCCGGGACAACGGGGGCCCCCGGACGCCCUCACCCCCGCCGACUGAGGAGAGGAAGGACCAGAAGCGGGAUGAGGAGGAAGAGGUGGAAACAGAGAGGAAGGCAGCUUCCCCGGCGCCGUCUGCCGCCCGGCAGGAAAAGCCUUCCGCGACACCCGAGGCGGGGAGGAAAGAAAAGCCGACGCUUCAGAGCAGACACUCUUUAGACGGCUCCAAACUUGCGGAAAAAGUUGAAACCGCGCAGCCACUGUGGAUAACGUUGGCACUGCAAAAGCAGAAGGGGUUUCGGGAGCAGCAAGCGACUCGAGAGGAGAGGAAGCAAGCCAGGGAGGCCAAGCAGGCCGAAAAGCUCUCCAAAGAAAACGUCAGUGUCAGCCCGCAGCCUGGAAGCAGCAGUGUCAGCAGAGCUGGUUCCCUGCACAAGUCCACCGCUCAGCCAGAAGAGAAGAAGCCAGAGACAGCAGCGUCCAGGCUCGAGCGCCGAGAACAGCUGAAAAAGGCCAACACUCUUCCUACAUCUGUGACAGUGGAGAUCUCUGAUUCGGCUCCCCCAGCACCACUGGUGAAAGAAGUCACAAAGAGAUUCUCUACCCCAGACGCUGCCCCCGUGUCAACAGAACCAGCCUGGCUGGCUUUGGCCAAAAGGAAAGCCAAGGCCUGGAGCGACUGUCCACAGAUUAUUAAGUAAAGAGUGACUCUUAUCCAUUCCUACUGCCAGUUAUUGGCUCUUCUCUUGCCCUUUUUAUUUAUUUAUUUUUUAUAUGAGGUAAAGAAAGAAACGAAGCUAGGGAAAAGCAGCAUGUUUUAUAGGCUCUAAAAUAAUGUUCAGAAACUGAACUGGUGGUGUUCCUUGUAAAGAGUGUAUUUGCACAGCCCUAGGUCCUGGUGCCUUGAGGUCCUCCUAAUUCUAAAGAGAAAAUUCCGUCCUAGGGACCACAUGAAGCAAAAUCUCCAGACUGAGAACUUCUCACGAGCGCCUGCCACACCCAUUCCAUGGCCCUUCCACACACGUACACCCACACACCGCUCAGAACAUGUACUUUUGCCAAUCUUUGUAAUAGUUUUCUUGAUUCUGUACUCCUGUUUCUUUGUUCCAAACCAUUUACCAUGUGCUUGGGGAUUUCUACCCUUUUCUAUAGUAAUAGUGAAAGGAUCUUAUAUAAACAAGAGUGCCCAUUCGCCUGAAUGCAGUGAGUAACUGGGAAUUGCAAGUAAAAGUCUGGCUCCCAACUCUUUGCCCAUGUCUGCUUCUCAUGAUUUUGCCCCAACAGGAAACUGUAACACAGACAGCGAGUCCAUUGACUCUUCUACCGCACUGUUGGGCUACAGGCCCUGUUAUACCACAGCUCUCCUCAAGGACACGUUAACCAUUUGGCCCAGCUGGCUCCUAGGGAACAUUUUUAUUUAAAAUGAUUAAAAAAAAAAAAAAAA